AUGCAUGCUCCAGUUUAUCAUCAUAAUUCUUCACAUCAUAUUCAAUCAUCAAUGUUAAGCAAUAGUGAAUUAUCAAUUCGACGACGACCAACACAUAAUCCAUCUAAAAAUCUUUCCACAAAUGAAAUUCAAUGUUUAUAUGAUCUUCUUGGAAAAAAUUGUGUGACUUUAGCAACAACUGUUGCACAAAUCUUACAUGCAGAUAAUAAUAAUUGGAAAAAACAAGCAUGUGGUGUUUUAUGUUUUAUUAAAGAUUAUAAUAAACGAAACUAUUAUUUUCGUUUAUAUGAUCUUCAAUUAAAACAAAUAAUCUAUGAAGAAACAAUAUCUUCUUCAUUACGUCUUGAAAAAAUAACAAAUCUUUUUUAUACAUUCAAUGGAAUGACUUGUAAAGUUGGUAUUAAUUUCAUUGAUCAGGCUGAAGCAGAAAUAUUUUGUAAUUAUUUUCAUAUAAAACAAGAUAAUAGACAACAAAAGAGAAAAUCUAAAGAAUCAACAUCUAUUUCAUUGACUACAAAUGUAAAUAAAAUAAUAUCAACUGAUAAACCAUUAUCAAGGUCUGAUGAUAUUAUCUCAAAGAAACAAAAUACUUCAAAAAUUCAACAACAAAAAAAAAAUAAAGAUAAUCGACCGGUAAUAUCCUCACCAAUUCUUUCAAGUUUUACUCAUAUUAUUCAUGCUGGAUCUGAUAAUAGUUUUCUAACUGAUGAUUCACAAAGAGAAUUAUUUGAAGAAGUAUUAUCUAAUAUGCAUAUAACAUCAGAAGAAAAAUCAUACAUUCGAAAAACUAUAAUAGAUACAGAUGGUGGUUUGGAAGAACUUUUUACUAAAUUAUUCCAAAAUAAAGAUAAUCAACGACAUGAAAUGGCAGAUUAUCCACCGAAAAUUCCUUCAAAUACUUAUUUAACAGCGGGACAAAAAAACAAUAUUAAACAUGAGCCGCAUCAAGAUAUUUGUAUUCCAUCAUUGAUCAAUAAGGGAAUUGAGACUGUUGGUACUCAAAGUCUGAACAUGUCUAAAACAUCAACGAUUCCCGAACGACCAAAGGCACCAAUCAUUCCACCAAAACCUCGUCCUGAUAUACCAAAUAAUACACAUUCAACUGUUCCAACAGCACCACCAUUACCUCCUCCUAGACCCGUUAAUUUGGAAAAGCCAAAACCAAUCUCUAACAUUCCUCCUGCUCCUCCUCUUACAAACUUUCCACCAGAACAAAUACUAAGCAAACCAUUUACAUCAUUGCCAGAAUCUCAACCUAAUACUUUCAUUCAAGAAAUCUAUGAUUUUGAUAAAUCUAAAUUAAAACCAGGGGUAGAACAAUCAACAAUGUUGAAAACACCAUCUACACCUAAAUCGAAAGAUGAUAUACGAGAUACUCUUACAGGCAAAAUUCUUGAAAUGAUCGCUCUACGACGACCUGCAAUUAUGGGAUGUGAUAAUAAUGAUGAUCAGAAUGAUUCAGAUGAUGAUGAUGAAUGGCUUGUUUAA